UGAAGUUAGGUGCAUUUUAUGACAUUAGCAGACCCAUUUUGUUUGAGUUUUGAGUGUAUCAAUGUUUUGUAUUAAUAAUGCAAACUAAAUAUGUAUUAAAAAGCACAAUUAAAGUUCAUAUAAUUUUGUUCAGAUCAUAACAAUUACAAAUGUUUAAAAGUGUGUUAAUAUUUUCUGGUUUCUGAUAGAAUGGACAAAAAUUUGAAUUGUUUGUAGUUGACUUUCAGAAGUCGGCUAAAAUGAUAUAUCUCUACAAAAUCGCCUAAAGAACGUAUGUUUUAAAGAACAGUUGAAAAUGAAUUCCAAGAAGAUAAAAGAUAUGCUAGGCAACAUUGGAUCUAUAGAAUACUCUCCUAAUGUUCCAAUAAAAAAAUCUAGAAAAAAAAAUGCUGAUGUACUAAAUCAGAAUGCUGAUUCAGCAAAGAAAUCCAAAAAACGUAAGUUAGGUACUGAACAAAUCCAUUCAGUACCCAUUAAAAAGCAAAAGCAUCAAAUUAGCAAUAAUGAAGUAUACAAUCCCAAAGAUAGUGAAAAAUCAGUAAUUCAUGAGAAUAUUGAAAACAAUGUGCCAUCAACCAAAACUUCCAAACGCAAAAAUCUCAUUCUUUCUGAUGAGGCUCAAACAGAUGGGAGGUAUAUUGAAACUGAUUUAUCAACUAAUUCUGUGCAGCCUACCAAAGUAGGCAAGAAGAAGAAAAAGGAAAAUAUAAAAUCUCAAACUGAUACAGAGACCAAUAAGAUAGCCCAAGAAGGUGCUUCUAGUAUAAAAAAUAAUAAAAGUUCAAAAAAAUCGAAUCCAUCAACUAAUGCAGGAGGUCUUGAAGAAGUUCAUAAUAGCUCAAAAAGAGUUGAAGUGGAUAUUGUAGAUAUAGAGGGUAAGAAAGUUGACAGUGAAAAAAAUGAAAAUGUGGUUACUAUAUCUAUUAAAGAUGUUGAUGGUAUGGAUUCAGAUUGGGAUGAAAAUGACUUACUUAAACAACUGGAGAGACGUGUAGAAAAAAAAGAGAUCCCAAAAGAAAAAAGUGUGAACCCUCUUUGGCCUGAUGUUGAUUUGGCAGAAUUAGUAGAAAGGAUGGAAGCUGCUGUACCAGAGAAUGAUAUGAAACCAUUUUUGAGAAGGACAGAAGAACUCGAGUGGGAUAAAAUUGCUUUUAAGAAUUACUCCAUUGAGGAUUGUAAAAAGACAUGGUCUUUGGUUUUGAAAAAGAUUAGAAAAUACAGAAUUUUGAAGGAAGUACUUAAUGAUGCUAAAGUGUGGAUACAGACUCCAAAAGCAAAGAAAAAGUCAAAAAAAGCAACAAGGCAUCCUGAUAUGCCAAGAAGACCACUUUCUGCAUACUUCAUUUAUUAUUUAAAGAAAAAAGAUGCUGUACAAGCUCAGAAUCCCGGUUUGGAUGCAACUGAAUUGGCUAAAAUGUGCAGUCAGCAGUUUAAGCUAUUACCCUCUGAAAAGAUGGCAAAAUAUGAAAACAUUGCAAAGAAAAAUAAGGAAGAAUAUGAUCAAAAAAUGAAAGAAUUUUAUGAAAGAUAUCCUGAACUAGUGACAGAUACAAAAAGCAGAAAAUCUUCUAAAACCAAACCUCCAAAACCCCCAAAACCAGUAAAAGAAAAGCCUCCUCCGAAACCACCUAAAGUUGCUAAAGAAAAAGCACCAAAACGAACACUUUCUGCUUUUCAGUAUUACCAAAAUAAUGAAAUGGCGAAAAAUGAAAUAGAAGAUAAAAUUGCUUAUAAAGAUAUUGUUAGGGAAAGAUGGAGGGAAAUGCCAGAUGACAGAAAAAUGGAAUGGAUUACAUAUGCCGAAGCAGAAACAGCAAAAUAUGAAGAAGAACUGCGGCAGUAUGUCAAGAAUCAUCCUGAAUAUGUGAAUAAUGCACCAAAAUCACAACUGACAAAAGAGGAACUUUUAGUUAAAGAAAGAAUGUCAGGAAAACCUGCAAAGCCACCCGUUUCGGCGUACAACUUUUUUGCAAGAAUGAUGCUUCAUUCUGACGAUAUUAAAGAUGUUCCAGUAAAGGAUAGGUUGAUUUUUGUCUCUAAUCAAUGGAAAGAGUGCACAGACGAAGAAAAGAAACACUAUAAAGAUCUUUUCAAUAAAACCAUCGAAAAAUAUAAUAUAGACUUUGCUGCUUAUUUGGAGACUCUUUCUGAAGAAGAACGAAAUCUAGAAUUGUUAAAAACGCAACCCAAGCGACGGAAAUCUGAAGAUGAAAAAGUGAAAAAAGAAACUAAAAAGAAGCCAACAAAGAAGUCUGAACAUAAACCAGCUAAAAGAAAAACUGUUAAUAAUAGGUCAGCAGAAAAAAAAGCUGAGAAAAAAACACCAGCUAAGCUAGUGGAGCCUGAACAACCGCCCAUUUCUGCCUACAAGUAUUUCGUCAGGUCAUAUAAAGGACAAGAACCGUCCAAAGCGUGGAAGUCGUUGAGUUCAGAAGAAAAGAAAAAAUAUGAAGAUGAGUUAGUCCAAGAGAAAAAAAAGUAUAUCUUGGAUUUUGAAAAAUUUUUGAAAAGCAUGACCAAAGAAGAAUUGGAGCACUUUUCUAACACCAGACAAAAAAAUAGGAAGGUUGAAGAGGAAGACGACGAUGAGGAAGAAGAUGAUGACGAUGACGAGGGAGAUGAUGAUGAAGAAGGAAAUGGAGCUGCCAGUACUCAUUCGGAUUCGGAAGAUAAUUCAGGUGACGAUGGAAGUCACGAUGACCAAGAUCAACUUGCUAACUAGCAGGAACUGACUGAGCUCUGCUGCCAAAUUACUUCGAUUGUUUGGCAUCCUUUUUGACGUCUUAGCCGCAAUAAAAGUCGGCGAUAGACAUUGUGAAUCGAUCAAGACGAUUACAUUUAAUUUAGUUUUUUAUUUUUACAUAUAGCGUUCAGUAGUUUUUUUGACAGAUUUUGGUUAUGUAUAUACCCCUUCGAUAUAUUUGUAAUAUUUCGGUUAUGAUUGAUUUUGUAAUAUUAUAGUUAUAUACAUAUAUUGAAUUUAAUUAAAUGUUUUAAUUUAAAAUAUUUUCAAUAUUGUUAACCCAUUAAAUGGCUAAAAUUUUUGAACACAACAUCAUUCUUUGUUGGCUUUUAUUUUUAACAAAUGUUUAUAGGUAUAAAACAUAAAUCAAUUAUUUUUUAUUGCUGCUAUUCACUACUGAUUUUUCUCGUUUAAAUUACUAAAAAUGGUAACAGACCAAACAUUAAUUUUUUCACAAAAUUAAAAUAAAAACUUAAUUGUAAUUCUCAAAACAUUUUUUUUUUAACUACUUAGUCUUGUUUACCCAAAGUAUUUACGCUACAUCUAAGUCCUUAAUAUUAUCCUGAAUUAAAAUCAUACAAAUCGACUAAACACUGGGCGUCACCAUACUCUUUCGGUGAUUAUUUUCCACGCCAUCUAACUACUUAAAUUUUGUCUACCUCGUAGACGCUUUCCUCGUGCGUUUAGACUCUUGUUCAUCUGCCUAAAUCAGGCAUUCGCUCUAAAUCUUCCAAUCAUCUCACUUUAUCCCUUUUCGUCUCUGCCACAUCACAAGACUUGGUUCUCCAUGGAGCUCUUGAUGCUUUUCUAUUUUUGCAAAUUAAUGAAAUAAACAAUUUUGUGUAUGACAAGACAGCUUUUUUUUAAUGUUUGGCCAUUGAUGGGUUGAAAAUAAAGUUGUAAAGAUUUAUUCUUGAUGUCACGUAGAGUAAGGGCAGGACCUAAAUCAGUUAAAAUUGUCUCGUUAAGAUUUCAAUUUAUAUUUUCAAUUGAACAGGUGAACUAACUCUUAAUAAUAAUAAUACCUUCUGUUUUAUUUAUUUGGUCAAAAUAAAUAAAAUAGCUCUAAAACUCAAUUGUCGUUUGAUCAUUUUGUUGGUGUUUAUUAUAUAUUCAUUAAGAAAGAGAAAAGCUAUUUAGGCAUAAAUAAGGAGGUCGAGAAUUGCACCUUUAAACUACUUGUAAAAAGCAGAAGAUAUAGUAACGAGAAUAAGUAAUGUCGAAGAUACCAUGAGAAGAAGGUGUAUUACUGUAGGAAAUAAAAUUUUGUUAUAAGAAGCCAAAUUCACACGUAUGUGUUGAAACAAGCAUGAAAGAAAGAAAAACAAAUCUGUUACAACAGUUAUUCAGAGCUAAUUCUAUUAUUGUAGCUGUCAUGAGUAUGUAAAAAUUAUAUUGGUCAUUAAUUAUGUAUAUAUAUAUGUUAUAGAAAAUACUUUAAAAUUAUGUAUUUCGUGUAUAAAAAGUAAUAUUGUUUGUAGUGUAAUUGCUAAAACAAUGAGAAAAGUGAUAAAGCUUUGUAUUUUAAGUAGUGUAGAAUGUGAAUGUUAACCAAAAAUACUUUUUAAUUGGUAAACAGUGUCGACAAAGCGUUAAUCGUAAUUUAAAGAACAUGUAAAAUGCGAGACACGUGGAAAAUUAUUGUUCAAAAAUAGAGAUCAAGAACGUACCGUGAUAAUUCGUGUUGAAGAAACUAUAUAAUAAAUUGUUUUGAAACGAUUAUAAAACCAAAAGCUAGAAAAGAAGUAAUAUUGUACAUGGAGAGAUGUUUUGAGAGGAUACUGUUCUUGUUAGAAUUAGCACACAUUCUCUGCUUAUUCUGUGCAGAACUUAUAUGUAGGCAGUAUUCGCAACAUGUGCAACAAUUCGACGCGUACAAUUUAACUGUAGUAAAGUUUCAAUAUUCUAGGCACUAAAUCCUGAGAAAUGAUAAUUAAGUUUUAACCACCAAACGUAUGCUUGUAGAUAUUCUGCAGUUCAAAGUUAUAUCUAUGCCUUCAUAUUCCGUUCUCACCGACCGCUCCGAAUAUCUUGCGUAGCACCUUUCUUUCAAAAAUCGAUAGAGCGGAUUCAUUUGUUUUAGUUAGCGUCCAUGCCUCUGAUCCAUAUGUGAGAACGGGGACUAUCAGUGUUCUAUACAACCUUGUAUACGAGUUUUUUGAGACAGACGUUUGUUAGCUAAGUACUUUGAUAGACCAUGAUAACACCUGUUUGCAAUUAUUAUUCGCCUUUUUAUUUCCUCAGAUGUGUUAUUAUUGGGGUUAACCGAUGUCCCUAGAUAUAUGAACUCUUUGACUGCUUUGAAGUUUUGGUAAUUGAUGAUUAAAUCGGCGUCAACAUUUCCAGCUCUUGUGUUUGUGUUAGUCGCCAUGAAUUUGGUUUUAUUUUGAUUUAUAUGCAACCCCAUUCGUUCUGCUGCUGCUAAUAGCUCGGUUAGGAUUUCCACAGUGCUCGCCCUGGUUCUUGGUUAUAAUGUCCACGUCGUCUGCAUAUACUAGAAUUUAGAAACUAUUAGUCACAUUUAGAAUUAAAGGUUCAACAGAGACAUCCACUCUAGUGUCUAGAUCCCACAUUCUGCUUUCUUCUUUGUGGUAUAUGUAAUGCAUAUUUUUUCAAGAGUCUGGCGUUAUCUAUAGUAGUAGCUAGCAGAUCUUUCACAUCAUCCAAAAGUUUUCCUUCAUUCCUACACUACUUGAUUUUUUCAGCUCACAAUAAGGAGAGGUGCAGAACAAUUUUAUGUUAUUUUCACGAGCCUUUCGUCGACAACAUAUUUCUUAUAUUCGGGUAUAUGUCUCCUUGCAAGAUUUAAUAAUUCUACUUUCAACACAUUGUCAUCAAAUGAUAUAUUUCUUUGAGAGAGCCAAUUUUCCACCAAGCAGUUAUUGGAGUUGGCUCCAAUUGUUGACUAUGAUUAAACGCAUGUCCAUAAAGACAGAAUUUGGUACAAGGUUUAAUAAAAUCUUUGAAAUCCAACCUUCAAAUUUUUGGGCUUCCAUUUCUUCAUGGUAGUCAUUGGAUUUCGUGUGUAAGAAUGAGUCUCCGUCCUUUGUGCGCUAGUAUGGCUUAUCGACGGUUAUAACUUCAAAAUCUUGCCACACCUUUGAGACUGUAUAGGCUUGAUUUAGCCAAGUUUCGUCUAAAUAGUAGAUUUUUCUUCCUUUAAUAAUUUCAUCUCUUCACAUAAAUUUGAUGUUGAUAAAUUUAAUUUGAGCUGUAUGGAUAUUUUUGCCUUUUGUUAGAAGUUUCUUAGCGUUAUGGAGAGAAUAGUAGUUCUAUAAUUUGUCAUAAUUCUUCAAUACAAGUAGAAAUGUUUGCACGCCACUGGAAGACCAAGAAUGGUCAUUACCAUUUCUUGGAAUUUAGUGUCUAGUGACAAUUUUGAAACUAAACUAUACUUUUUUAAUUUAAGUACAUUUCCAUUAACAGUAUUAAGCACACAGUGAAGUAAAAAUAUGAAUCAGCCCCAGCAGAGGUAAAACAUUUCCAUUGUUGCUCUUUCUGCAAUAAUUUUAGAAACAUUUGAUUCUGUAGUUUUGCUGAUUCAUAUUUUUAGUCUAACUUCUUGAUCUGUAUUUGAAAUAAACAGAUUGGCUUUAAACUGUUAUUUAGAAAGAAAAAUCCAAAAGAUAGGCGUAAAACAAUUGGUCUGUGCACAAUUAUUGAAAUAAAGUUCUAAAAGAAUGGUUUAUCAAGUACUCGUUACACACCGUAAUUGUUAGUAUGUACACAAUAUAGUUUAAUCUUGCUUUGUUAAGUUACAUAAGAACGGCAGUUAUGUAACGCGCUUUAGAAGUAUAUAGUCUGUAGUCCCUCAACCUAAGGAGUCGAAGAAAAAACAGCAAGAUGCAACUUUUUAUACUCGAUAUUUAUUAAGUGAAAAAUAUGGAAGGACAAAAAUGUUAGGCUUUAAAGUAGUAAUAAAUUAUUAACAGCAAUCUAAUGUUCUCAGAAAUAUUCAUAAAAAGCAUUAAAACGUGAUAUGCUUGGCGGAAAAAAUACAAAAGGCGUUUUGCAACCAUAAAAUUUUCAGACCAUAAAAAAUGUGUUUAAGCAAUUAGAAGCAAUCAGAAGUUACCAUUGUGCUUUUUGUUCGACUCCUUUUUAGAGGAACAUACUGAAGACGACUUUAAUGACUUAGUUUUCUGAUGCUUGUAAAUAAUAUGACUUAGAUGAAAUAUAAAGUAUACAGAAUAGCAACAGUAACAUUCCUCAUAAUUAUUGUUUGUGUAUUAAUGAGGAAUGAGGCAAAAGAGCCACGGCAUGUACCUUUUUUUCAGCAACAAAAGGCUAUAUAAAAGAAGUCUUAAAAUAUUUCGUAAUGAGGAGCUUUCGAGAAGAAUGCUUAAAACAUAUUUACAGCGGUUCCAUAUAGGAAGUGUAACUGCCGAAGAAAGAAAACAUCAACACUACAGGUCACUUUCUAGCGUCGUCUGCCAAAAAAGUGCGAAUAGCCAGGAUAAUCAGCAGCAUAACCUUUUAUUGAAAUUGUUUAAUAGUUUAUUUUUCAUUUUUGUGCAACUGUGUUAUUCUUGAAAUCAAUAAUUACACUUUAAUGCAUACACUUCAAACAAUGCCUUUUGUCUGUAAUGUAUAAUAGUUACGCUGUAUAUCAUAAUCAUUUACAUUUGAAUCUAAAAUACAGUGUGUAAUUUAGAGUUUAAAAGUUGUACAAUAUUUUAUAUAAUUAAUAUAUCUCAUCAUUUGAAGGGUACACGCUGCAGUUAUUUAAACGUAAAACGAUAAGAAUAAAACAUUUCCCCUUUUAUACUGAUAACUUUUUUAGGUUUAUUCAUCGAAUUCUAAGGACACUUUUGUUAACUAAUUGAAAAUUCUAUAAGAACUAAUGUGUUAGGGAAAGACUAAUACGGCAAUGUGUCGUGAAGCGAAGAAAAUUAGUAUAAUAUAAAAUAAUAUUAAGAAAAGUAAAUACAGUUUUGAAAGGAGAAUCAUAUUGUGUAUUUAAGAAAAUAUAUAUUAUUUUGAUCAU